CCCGUUCGCAUAGAGCGAAACAAACAUGGCGAUAGACUCGAGUGGACGGGGGUCCACGCUUACUUUACUCGUCUUUUCUUGUGUUUUUGCGGGUAGGCAGGCUGAGGCGGCGGCUUGGGAGUCAAGAGGCGCCACUCGGAUACUCGGCAUGAGGCUGGAGACGAGCGACACGCCGGCGGAAACCACCGAGAGGGGGGUUAUUCAGGUAACCGAGGGCAGCAACACCCUCUUCAGGUUCUACGGGCUCCACUUGUUCACCAACAGUUCGGGGCUCAUCGGCUUCACGGAACUUUACUCCAGUGACAAAGAGGAUGAUGCUUUCGGUGCAGUCAUGGUCCCCUUCAACAGGACUUGUUCUGAACUCACGAAGGAUAUAGUAGUGAAGGGGUCCAUGGAGGUGAGCAACCAAAACACCUCUGGGGUGGUGAGCCUCAAUAUCAAGCAGCUCCGCAAGAACGAGGCGGUGAAGGUGUUCGGCUUGUGCGUCCGCGACACCCAUGACAGGGACGAGACGUGGUACCUGCUGGACGAUAGAGACGGCAGACUGCGGGUGGUGGAGGAGAAGAAGUCCCUGCUCCCCAUCUGGCUGCAGGUGAUCCUCAUCUCCUUCCUGUUGGUGCUGUCCGGUAUGUUCAGCGGGCUCAACCUGGGGCUGAUGGCGCUGGACCCGAUGGAGCUCCGCAUCGUGCAGAGCUGCGGCACCGAGAAGGAGAAGAAGUACGCGCGGAAGAUCGAGCCCAUCCGCAGGAAGGGCAACUACCUGCUGUGUUCGCUGCUCCUCGGAAACGUCCUGGUCAACACCACCCUCACCAUCCUCCUGGACGACCUCACUAACUCCGGUGUCGGCGCUGUGAUCGCGUCCACGGUCGGCAUCGUUAUUUUCGGCGAAAUCGUCCCGCAGGCGCUGUGCUCCCGGCACGGCCUGGCAGUCGGGGCGAACACCAUCCUAGUCACCAAGUUGUUCAUGCUGUUAACUUUCCCUCUGUCGUGGCCCAUCAGCAAGCUCCUCGACUGCGUACUGGGCCAGGAGAUCGGCACCGUGUACAACCGGGAGAAGCUGGUGGAGAUGCUGAAAGUCACCGAGCCAUACAAUGACCUGGUGAAAGAGGAGCUCAACAUGAUCCAAGGCGCGCUGGAGCUCAGGACCAAAACCGUGGAGGACGUCAUGACGCCGAUCGGCAACUGCUUCAUGAUCCACAGCGACGCCGUGUUGGACUUCAACACCAUGUCCGAGAUCAUGGAGAGCGGGUACACGAGGAUACCUGUGUAUGAGGACGAGCGCUCCAACAUCGUGGACAUCCUGUUCGUCAAGGACCUGGCCUUCGUUGACCCGGACGACUGCACCACCCUCAAGACCAUCACCAAGUUCUACAACCACCCGGUCCACUUUGUCUUCCACGACACCAAGCUGGACUCCAUGCUGGAGGAGUUCAAGAAAGGAAAAUCCCACCUGGCCAUCGUCCAGAAGGUGAACAACGAGGGGGAGGGAGAUCCUUUCUACGAGGUGCUGGGGUUGGUCACACUUGAAGACGUAAUCGAAGAGAUAAUUAAAUGUGAGAUUCUGGAUGAAUCGGACCUUUACACUGAUAACCGCAACAGGAAAAAGGUGGCGCCCAAUAAGAAUAAGAGAGACUUCUCCGCCUUCAAACACGAGAGUGAAUCAAAAGUGAAGGUCUCUCCUCAGCUGCUGCUGGCCGCCCAUCGCUUCCUGGCUACAGAGGUGAGCUUGUUCAGCCAGUCUCAGAUCUCAGAUAAGGUGCUGCUGCGGAUCCUGCGCCAUCCCGAUGUGAUCCAGGAGAUCAAGUUCAACGAAAGCGAAAAGCGCUCGCCCCAUCACUACGUCUACCAGAGGGGCAAGCCCGUCGACUACUUCGUUCUCAUCCUGCAGGGACGAGUGGAGGUGGAGGCCGGCAACGAGAACAUGAAGUUUGAGACUGGACCUUUCUCAUUCUACGGUGUCAUGGCGCUCAGUGCUCCCACACUGGUGGCUGCACCUCGUCCUCGCCACCUCUCCUUUAAGAGGUUUUCUCUGUUCUCUCGGUUGCCAGAGUUUCGUUCGCCGUCCCACCUCAGCGGGUUGAACCGUACAGCCUCUCUGAGCGGAGCCGACCGGACAGAUUCGCUCUCAGUCAGCGGCAGCAACAGCCAGCUCAACAACAGCAUCCCCUCGCAGCAGUACACACCCGACUUCUACGUCCGAGCUCUCACCGACCUGCAGUUUGUCAAGAUUACGCGAGCCCAGUACCAAAACGGCCUUAUGGCGUCUCGUCUGGACAGCACGCCCCAGUCCCCGGAGAGUGGCCACAAUACGGUUCGCCUGGAUCAGACCACUCCCCCCGCCACCGCCAACACCACCAUCACGGACCUGGGAGCAGACUCCACCCCGACGGAGAACGGGCCAGACGAGACGACGCUUCUCCUCCUCAACGAGCAGAACUCACCGCACACAGCCAACCACCAUAGCCAGUUGGAAAACAGCAUUUGACACCACCACCACCACCACCCGCCGCCUCCCUCCAUACUCCUACAUUUGCACGCACGCACUACUACGCUCAAAUGUAUGCUGAGGAGGGGAGGAGUGCAUGUUGGUGUGUGAGUGUGUCAGUGGGGAUGGGGACACAUGCCUUGGCACAGCUAACGAGGCAUAAAAAGACAAGCCAUGUGCAUGCAUAUUGUGUAAAUAUGCAAGGAUUAACAACACACACACAUGCACACACAGACAUGCCAAAGUGUAUUGUGGGAACUUGCUACAUCCACUUUUCUAUCAUAGACCCAACUCUUAUAUUUAGUUGUUCAUAAACAGAAAGGAGUAUCUGUGUGUGUAUCUGUGUGAGUGAGUGAGUGAGUGAGUGUGUGUGUGUGUGUGUGUUUGCACAUCCUCCUUAAUGUAUUAACUGGCCACUGAAGAACCUGUUUGUCUGGACCUGAAAGCUCCUUCCUCUCUUGCCCAUCAACAUUAUCAGCGUUUGGAGGCGAGCUUCACUCGUGUAUGUGUGUGUUGCUUCAUCGUCCCUAAUCAGAGACUCAGGGAGACUCCGCCCCCCUCCCCCUCCCCAUCCUUUUGCCGACGUACAUACGUGCAAAUGUGGUCGAAAACCGCAAACCAACCCACCGCCGCAUGUGUAGCAACCCGCAUCUCCACCUCACCAUCCAUACAGCUAGAAGACAAAGACCACCCGAGCAUGUCCGCAGAGUUCAAACAAAGUAAUGUAUGUUCUGAAGAAAUUUACAGUGAAAUAUUUAGAAAUGUCCUCCUCAUUUCUUGGAUCGACAACGUGAGUAGCCCAGAGCCUUUAUCCUAGAGUUGUUAAGAGAUUCAUCAGCGAUAGACAACCCGUCUGUAUCGUGAUCAGGACAAUCAAUAUGAUUAUUAUGAAUGUGUAAAAUUAAAUGUGUAGGGUACGUUAACUGCGGCCACAUUGCUCUCAAACAGCCAUCUCUCUGCGAAAUCUUUUGUUUUCUUUCACGGGCGUCAGAACUGAGAAGACGUGAUGGGUCGUAUAGGAAUCAGCUUUUAUAAAGAUGGUAUAUGUUUUAGAGCGCCAAGACUUGGCGAGUCCUUUCCUACUUUAUAAGCUAGGGUGGGCUGUCUGUGUGGACGUGUGUUUGUGUGCGUAUGUGACCAAAAUGGCCAUCACCAGAUUUGAUGGGAACUGAAACCAAAAGAGGGAAGCUUGAUCACAUUCUUAUAGAAAAUACUUGUAGAGAUCUGAGACUUUAUUUAUUGAGUUCGAUGUGUGUGUGUGUGUAUAUACAUUAUUGUCAGUGGGGGAGGGGUGAUUUAUAUUUUUAUUUUGUCUGAUUGUGAGAUUUUACAUGUUAAAUGUUCCUUUGCAUUCAGUGGUAAUAUUUGGCUUUCCUUUUUGUAAACCAGACCUAGGGUCACUCCAGCAUACUGAACAGCAAACUUUGAAAUUUAUUGUUGUUUAUAUUUCUGUAGUCAAACACACCGCUCAGCCCUGGCAUCAGCCAAAUUUAGUCAGUUUUGUGGGAAACAAUGUUGUAUAUUUUAUGGCUAUCACUGCACGUUUUUGACAGAACUACACACACUCCAGUUGUAUUUUACUGUACCUUCAGAGGAGAUUUUAAAGCAAAAGUCCUCCCUAAAUCUCGUACAUUUUGACUUUUGACAGAUUAUUCUCUGUGUGAUUUCUCGCAUAGCCACAGUGGUGUUUCAUAGACUAUUUUAUUGUGAUACACAACAUGCAAAGUAAAUCAUACGUCAGGUUUUUGUUUUUAAGACCAAGGAGCAAGGUUUGCUUUGUAGUCUUUUGUUUUGCGAAGAUGUUCAGCGUUCACGUGACGUGAAAUCCAAGGCAGAGAUUGAUUUCCACACAAACAACACCAGAAUGCAAUGCAGCCACAGUUGUGUUGGUAGUAAGCAUUGCUCUCACAUUCUUUGCUGCUCUGCAGUAUCGCUACAUGUUUCUUUAGCAAACAUAAAUCGCAAGUGAAUCCAGUGAGGUCUCAUCUGCUCUCUAAACGUUGUAAAAAGGGAUUCUGGGAAACGUAGGACAUGACAAGGAGUAGACGGUAGACGCUGAAGGGAAGUGGGUGAACCAGAAGCAAUAUCAUUGUAACACUUAAUUUCAUCACAAAUGGAAUAGUUUGUGAUGGUGGUUUUUUUUUAUUUAUUUUUUUUAUUGCUGCUUUUCUGAGAUCAACAGUGUCCGAUUCUCAACAACACCAGCACGUUUUCAAAUCACUAAAUUCCACUUCUGUCAGUAAACAAACUGUUCUUUUGGAAGUAAAACAACUGAAGCACUGUUUUGUUUGUACUAAAACAUGUGGUCAGCUUGUCAUUUGUUCCCUCAUUUCUUCUGUAGCAAAAGUCAUCCCCUUCCCCAACCGACAACCGAAUGGCACUCCAGUAAAAAAAGAGGAAUUAUGAAGCACUUUAUUUCCAUUUUCAGCUUGAAUCUGAAACUAAAGCUUGACUGAUGAUUUCAUUUCUGUUUUCAAAAGAAUCUUAUUUACAGUUUUUCACACUUGCGAAAGCUUAGUGUUUUGGGAAAAAAAACAAGAAAAUUAACUUUUGAAUCUGUAAAUUCCAGGCUUGUGUUUUCAAAAACCCACAUAAAUUGUGGACUGGGCUCAGCAGCAUAUUGCAAGUCAUAACUCCUGCUAACUUCUGUUAGCUAGUUAGCUCAGUUUGUCAUGCAGCUGACUUAGUAGUUCUAUUAGCUGCCUGAGUCUGGAAUGGGCACCAGAACCGGAGCCAGGCGAGAACGCAACGGAACCAGAGCUCAGCAGUCGGACCAGGACCAAACACAGCCUCCGAGACCGACUGGAAAAUGUUCCUAAUUAGAAACACUAAUCAUAUUUCGAUGACGAGUUUCACAACUACUGGUUUAGUUAAACUUCUGUGGGCCAAGGCCAGGGUACAGAUUGGUUUCUGAGCCAAAGUUGGCAAAGAGGGCAAAUGAUGUCAAAGAUCAAAAUCUGGAGGAAAUAGAAAUAAAAACUAAAAUGUCCCUUUUUAUGCACUGGUGAUUGUGGUAUUCAUGAUAGUCAUGCUGUUUUACUCGUUACUAUUUUGUGACCUAAUAAUUGUGUUUUGGUUGGGAUAUAUUGUUGUUAUAUGCUGACAAAAAGUCAUCCUUUUUAUUUUUGUUUUUAAAAAGUUGAUAAAAUUUUAAUAUCCAAUUCAGUAGUUUGUUAUAGGAUAAACACAACAUGUUUAAUCUUUUGAGAAAGACUGUUGAAAGAAGACCUUUUUAUGAGAAAAUCCCAGUAAGUAAAAGCUAGUGAUAUGGGAAAAUUAGCCCAGACUGGCAUCUGUGAUUAAAGGUUUAAGCACUUUAGUAAGGAACGCAGCAUUUUUCCUAAGCCAGAAAUUUGCUGUACUGUACUGGAAAUUCUUUUGUGCUCAUUCCUGAAUUAUCUUUGACCCCCCCCCCCCCCCAUUUCACAGGUCUGUUUUUGUUCAUGUUGUAGAUUUUUAUGACUGAAAGUGUUUAAAAAUGUUCGCGAUUUUGUUUAUGUGCGUGCCUGUACCCCCGCCCCCUGUACUGUAUAUUGUAUUGUAUUGUACUGGGGUUAGGUUCAUUGUGUGUGUGUGUGUGUGUGUGUGUGUGUGUGUGUGUGUGUGUGAGAAUGUAUGUAGGUGUGUGUGAAUGUAUGUAGGUGUACGUGAAUGCCUAUGGAUCAAGUUUGGUUAUUUUUUAUGCUUUUGAACACUGUCAGUAAUUGUGGUAAACAACAAUCCUUUUUUUAUUUGUCAUUUGGGAACAGAGCGAACGGAGUGACAGGCUUUGGGGAGAAAUAAACUGAUUGUCCUUCAUUCUCUCCAGCAUGCUUUAACUUAAACCGCAACAGAUAAGCAAGGUGUAAAUACUGUUUUAUAAUUUAUGUCUUAAUGAGUUUUGAAGAUGAAGAAAGUUAUUAAUAAACCUGAGAUAUAUUUCUCUAUGGACCUUU